UGCUGCGACUUCUAUCCAUAGAGCUCUCCGCACCAAGAAGUCAUUUUUAUUCUCAAAAAUGGCUGCAACUCAAUCCUUCUGUAAAACCUCUAAUGCAACCCGAUUCUCCCGACCAGAUUGCACAAAAUUCGACCCGUUUUCACCCACAUUGACCCAAAGUCUCAAACCCCAUAGCUUAAAGAACUCAUGGCUAGGCACAACAAAGCUCUCUCUCCACUCCUCAAAUUUAAGGCCACUAACUUUAAAGCAAUCACCCAUUACUGCUACUGUGGUGUCUAGUCUUCCAACUAAGAAAUCAGAUGGGGUUUCAUCUGCUGUUAAGGUUCCCAAGUGGUCUUCGAAGGCGAUUAAGUCUUUUGCUAUGGGUGAAUUGGAAGCAAGGAAACUGAAGUAUCCGAAUACUGGGACAGAAGCACUUCUUAUGGGCAUUUUGAUUGAGGGAACAAAUCAGGCUUCAAAAAUUUUGCGAGCAAAUGGCAUAACACUUAUGAAAGUGCGGGAAGAAAUUGUGAAGUUGCUUGGAAAAGCCGAUAUGUACUUCUUCAGUCCUGAGCAUCCUCCUCUAACCGAAGAAGCUCAGAGGGCACUUGACUGGGCUAUUGAGCAAAAGCUAAAAUCUGGUGAAGAUGGGGAAGUCACCACAGUACAUCAGCUUCUUGGAAUAUGGUCUGAAGAAGAAUCACCUGGUCACAAGGUAAUGGCUACCCUAGGCUUUAAUAGUGAAAUAGCCCAACAACUUCUUUCUUUGAUUUCAGAACCUGGAUAUGUUGAAAGUUAACCGCAUUAACCUCAUUUGACUUGCAAAUAUAAUGUUCUCCGAAGCCGGUAUCCUGUCUUUUUUGUCUGCCAUUAUGAGAGAAUUUUUGUAAUAUGCAACUUUGCAAAGCUGCACAAGAGUAACCAGCUGUAAUUGGUCUCUUGUCCAGUUCAUUUACCUAUUUCUAUAUAAACUACAAUUUUCUUGUACACUGUUGAUAUGGACCCUAUAAUCGUAGAGUUUUCUUAUUUAA